AAGCUGUAAAAAUUAAGUAUCGAUGUAUUCUUUUUGAUUGAAUACAUAAUACUUUGAUUGCGUGUUGUUUAACAUGAUCUUUUAUCCUUUUUUAAUAUAAUAUUAAUGUAGCUAGUAAUUUUAAUUAUUUUCUGAUUAAUCCAACUUUUUUUUACACCUGUAGGUGUUCCUUAUUGAUUAUUUAUUAGUGUUUAUAUGCCGCUGGAGUAGCUUUUAUGUAAUUUAAUACGUAGUAGUUUAAUUGUGAGCGACUUAUUCUCUUAUUCUUUUAAUUGUCGACUAUUGCUUAAAUUUUUUAUCGUGUGUGUUAGUGUUGUUAUUCAAGAAGGACUAGAAUUUAAUCAUUUACUAAUGAUCAAUUUUUUACGAAUUGUGCCAUGUUAACAAAUCAUUUUAACACAUUUGUCAGUGAAAAUAUUCAAUCAGUGGCACUGUCUAAACAAUUGCAAUACAGACAUUAAACUCAAACAAUAAACUUAUUACCAAGAAAGAUGUUUAAUAAGAAAAGACCAAAUUCAUCUAGUACGUCAGGUACUUAUAACAAAAAGUUUAAAACUGAAAAUGAAGAUGAUGAUUUUCAAAGUUCAAGAUUUGAAGAAGAUCUUGCCCUUAUGGAUGAAAUGGACAAAGAAUUUGAAGCAUCACCUGAAAUGGUCGGUGAAGGACCAGAUCAAGAAGGUUCUUAUGCAUUAUGGUCAAGACCACCAAUGAGAGAAAUUGAUUCAAAAUUAGACAGCUUAGCUUUUCAGCAACUUACUAUUGAUUAUUAUAUUGGAGAACCUGUAAAAGGAAUGAGUGGAGCUCAAAUGGGUCAAGUUCCUAUUACUCGUAUGUUUGGUAUAACAAUGGAAGGGAAUUCUGUUUGUUGCCAUGUACAUGGAUAUUCGCCAUAUUUUUAUACUACUGCUCCUGAUGGUUUUGGGCCACAACACUGUAAAGAUUUCAAAAAUCGCUUGAAUGCUAUAGUUUUAAAUGACAUGCGAGGAAAUCAAAAUCGAGUUCAAGAAACUGUACUUAUGGUUGAAAUUGUUAAAAAAAAAAAUAUGUAUGGAUAUCAUGGUGAAGAUGAUGAAACUUAUUUAAAAAUAACUAUGGCAUUACCAAAACUUAUUGCUGCUGCUAAACGACUUUUAGAAAAAGAACAGGUUUUUCCUAUAUUUUCUGGACAUAAUUAUAGAAUGUUUGAAUCUAAUAUUGACUAUGAUAUGCGAUUUAUGGUUGAUUUAAAAAUUGUUGGCUGUAGUUGGAUUGAAUUACCAAAGGAAUCAUAUACAAUACGUAAUAAUUCUUCUAAUUUAAAACCGCAUUCUAGGUGUCAAAUUGAAGUUGAUGUUGGUUGGCAACAAAUGAUAACUCAUAUUCCUGAAGGUGAAUGGAGCAAAGUAGCUCCCUUUCGCAUUCUUAGUUUUGAUAUCGAAUGUGCUGGUCGUAAAGGUAUUUUUCCAGAGCCAGACAAAGAUCCUGUUAUUCAAAUAGCUAACAUGGUACAAGUUGAAAACAAAAGGUUAAUAAGAAAUGUAUUUACUUUAGAUACUUGUGCACCAAUUGUUGGUAGUCAUGUAAUUAGCUGCGAAAAAGAAAACUUAAUGCUUGAGAAAUGGGCUGCAUUUGUACGAGAUUGUGAUCCAGAUAUAAUUACAGGUUAUAAUAUUAAUAACUUUGAUUUACCAUAUUUAAUUAAUAGAGCUAAACAUUUACAUACUAAAAAUUUCAAUUUCUUGGGUCGUAUUAAAAAUAUACAAUCUGUUGUGAAAGAACAUGUGAUACAAAGUAAACAAAUGGGUCGUAGAGAAAACAAAAAUGUUAAUAUUGAUGGAAGAGUUCCCUUUGAUUUAUACUUGGUAUUAGUGCGAGACUACAAACUACGGUCUUACACCUUAAACUCUGUAAGUUAUCACUUUUUACAAGAACAAAAAGAAGAUGUUCAUCAUAGUAUCAUUACAGAUUUACAAAAUGGUACACCUCAAACAAGACGUCGUUUAGCAGUAUAUUGUUUAAAAGAUGCUUUUCUUCCAUUAAAAUUAUUGGAUAAGUUAAUGUGUUUAAUUAACUAUAUGGAAAUGGCUAGAGUUACGGGUGUUCCAUUAGGUAGUUUACUAACUGGAGGUCAACAAGCUAAAGUGGUAUCUCAGUUGCUCCGUCUCGCUAAGGAUAAAGGAUAUAUUAUGCCAGCUAUGUCCAGUGGAAUGCAGGAUGAACAGUUUGAAGGAGCAACAGUUAUUGAGCCGAUUAAAGGUUAUUAUGCAGAUCCUAUAGGUACAUUAGAUUUUACUUCUCUAUAUCCAAGUAUCAUGAUGGCUCACAACCUAUGCUAUACUACUUUGUUAAAUCAAAAAACCAUACAAACUUUAAAUUUAUUUGAAAGUAAUUAUAAAAAAACUCCAUCUGGAAGUUACUUUUUAUCUAAUUUGAAACGCAAAGGUCUUUUGCCUGAAAUUUUAGAAAACUUGCUAUCAGCUCGUAAAAAAGCCAAAGCAGAUUUGAAAUCAGAGACUGAUCCUUUUAAACAAAAAGUGUUGGAUGGAAGACAAUUAGCAUUAAAAAUAAGUGCUAAUUCUGUUUAUGGUUUUACUGGUGCACAGGUAGGAAAGCUACCGUGUUUGGAAAUUUCAACUAGUGUUACUUCUUAUGGAAGAACUAUGAUUGAAAAAACAAAACAAGAGGUAGAACAAAAGUAUUGUAUUAAAAAUGGAUAUGAACAUGAUGCUGUUGUUAUUUAUGGAGAUACAGAUUCUGUAAUGGUCAAAUUUGGAGUAAAGUCAAUUGAAAAAGCAAUGGAACUUGGUCGUGAAGCAGCUGAAUAUGUGACAACAAAAUUCAUAAAACCGAUCAAAUUAGACUUUGAAAAAGUUUAUUUUCCCUAUUUACUUAUUAACAAAAAACGUUAUGCUGGUCUUUAUUUUACAAGACCAGAUAAGUAUGAUAAGAUGGAUUGUAAAGGAUUAGAAACAGUACGAAGAGACAAUUCUCCUCUUGUUGCUAAUAUGAUAAACACUUGUUUACAAAAAUUACUAAUUGAUAGGGACCCUGAUGGUGCAGUUGCAUAUGCUAAAGAAGUCAUAGGUGAUUUAUUAUGUAAUCGUAUUGAUAUUUCUCAGCUUGUUAUUACCAAAGAGUUAACAAAAUCUGAUUAUGCAGCUAAACAGGCUCAUGUUGAAUUGUCGUUGAAAAUGAAGAAAAGAGAUCCUGGUAAUGCACCAAAAUUAGGUGACCGAAUACCUUACGUUUUAAUUACUGGUACCAAAGGUACACCAGCAUAUCAACGUGCAGAAGAUCCAAUUUUUGUAUUAGAAAAUAACAUACCCAUUGAUUUUAACUAUUAUUUAGAAAAUCAACUAUCUAAGCCUUUAGUUCGAAUUUUUUCUCCAAUAUUGGGGGACAAGGCUGAAUCAGUAUUAUUAAAAGGUGAUCAUACACGCAAAAAAGCAAUGGUGACAUCUAAAGUUAGUGCUUUAUCUGCGUUUACAAAAAAGAAAGAAGUUUGUUUAGGAUGUAAGAGUGUCUUACCUAAUGGUGAAGAAAAAAACGCUUUAUGUAAAUAUUGCUUACCUAAACAAGAAGAACUUUACUAUAAAGAACGUAUUAAAGUUAAUGAACUUCAAGAAAAAUUUUGUCGAUUAUGGACCGAAUGUCAGAGGUGUCAAGGAAGCUUACACGAAGAAGUUAUAUGCACUAGUCGAGAUUGCCCUAUAUUUUAUUUACGAAAGAAAGUUCAAAUUGAUUUAACAGGUCAGGUAAAGACAAUGGAUCGUUUUGGAGACCCUAAUAAAUAACUUGUUGAUAAAAAAUGUAUUUUAUUAUAAUUUAAAAAAUUGGUAGAAUUUGUAUAUUUCAACACUUAUUUAUUGUAAAUUACAUAUUUUAACUGCAAAAAAACCUAUUUGUUACCUACUAUGGCUCCUGUAGUUAUAGUUGAGUAAUAUUUUAGAAAUAAUAUUUAUUUUAUUAAUCUUACACUACUAUAUGAUACUUUAUUUUCAAGAAUAAAUUUUUAUUGUAGUAUUUUUCAAAAACUAAUAGUUUAUGUUAUUUUAAUGUACAAUUUUUCACUUGUUUGUAGUUUAAAGCUUAUCUAUAACGAACAUACAUAUUUUUAUAAAAACUUAAAUCUAGUAUGUCUCAGUUAAAUUUUUCUAUAGUUGAUCUUGUAUUAUCGUUUUUGGUAUUUUUAAUUGAUAAUAAUUAUGGCUAAGUUAGGUGGAAAAUGUAUUAUUCUGAGAUUAUUAGUCAGUGAUAAAAAUACUAACCAAUUAGGUUAUGUAUUAUGGAAAUUGUGAAAAUAUGUUAGGAUAGUUGUUUACUACAUUAUAAUUGAUCAGAAAAUAAAAACAUCAUUAUUUUUAAAA